AUGGUGCCGAGCGCCGCUAUCGCAAAGGAAACGCGGACUUGGAUCAGGACUCAACUCCACCACAACAUUCAGAAUCCCAAAAGUUUCAACAACGACUACAUUCGAUAUCAGGACAUCCAGAAAGCCUGGUCUGGCAACGACACCCUUCAGCGUGUCUUCCAGGCCAAUGUGACGCUAGCACAAGUUAAGCUUAUCACGGAAGACUUGUUGCGAUUCUUGUCAGUUCUUGUUUUCAUCCGCGCCGAUGAUUUCUUGGACGGCUUCCCCAGCAGUCUUUUCGAUGAGGCAGGACAUCUGCUGUACAGGGACUCGAGCCUACCAUACAGGGACAAUCAAGUGCCACCUUUUGAAGACCUCGCUCUUUGCCGAGACUUCUUCAACUACCAAUUUCUCUUCACGCCAGAGCCGCUGUUCGAGUCCCCAACAGUUCAAACUAUUGACGACCAGCGCCGACUUCCUUUCGAAGUGAUCUCAAAAGAUGUUUUUGGGGGCGCAUACGGAAAAGUCGACAAGAAAGGCAUAUCACCAUUUUACUUCAAUACCUUGGAUAACAAUCAAAACCACAAGGUCAAGUUUGUUGCCUGCAAAACAUUCCAUCCCUCAAAUCUCUCGAAUCAAGCGGCAAAGCGCGAGCUGGAUAACUUGCAAGUCUUGAAGACGAGCAGAACAACCCAUGGUCAUAUCCGAACGCAUGUAGUGAUUAUAUUUUACAGGGGAGAACAUCACAUUCUGUUGCCAUGGGCCGACCACUUUGACCUCGACUUCUUCCUUCGUGAAGGCUACUCAUAUUCAGGCGAACCACUGUACGAGUUCAAAUUACGCUUUCCAAAAAUACAGCCGGCAACAAUACUACAAGAUACAUGCAGACAAAUGCUUUACAUCUCCGAAGCCCUGAAAUGGCUUCAUACGGGUUUCGGGGGAGACCUCCAAAACCUGGUUCACUUUGCGCAUAUGGACUUGAAGCCAAAUAAUAUUCUUAUUGAUAGGGAGGAGCGUUCAUCCGUAGGAAAGUGGAUACUGACAGAUUUUGGCAUCUCAACCUUCAAAGAAGAUGACGAGGCAGUCUCUGCCGAUCUUGUGUCGUUUGAAAAUCUGACUUUCAGAACAGCUCCUGCUCGUCUACCAGGCGCUUACCAACCUCCGGAGACAGAAAAGACGGACCAAAGAAGUGCAGGAAGAAGAGGGGACAUCUGGGCCUUUGGUUGCAUUUUUGCCGAGGUGCUUAGCUUUGCACUGGGUCGAAGAGCUGCCGUGGAAGAGUUCCGGGUGUGUCGGAAGCAGAUCCAGAACAAGGGUGAUACUCCAGAAGGCCUGAACAAAUUCAAAAACGAUUUCUUUUACGAGGAGUAUAGAGAGAAUGUGCAGGUGAACGGGAGACUUGGUACACAGACCCGGCAGUCCUACCGUCUUCGAUCUGGGGUCGACCAAUGGUUACGAAAUCUACCCAUGAGAUACACGAAUACGAACAGGACUAUUGAUUGCUGUGUCCAGACCAUUCGCACCAUUCUCGAAGUAGACGGCUCACAAAGGAUUGGAGCUGAACCUCUGGUCAAGAAGAUGCAGCAUGUCGUACAUCACGUCACCCAUGCUCGUAAAUCUAAUAGCCUCCAAAACUGUCCACUGGAAUGGUCAAAACUCCAGAGCCCUUUCGACCCACCUCUCCCAGAUCUAUCCGAUGCAUCACAAUCAGAAGAAGUCAACCGACUGCCUUCCAUUAAACUGACCGCAUCCGGAGUGGGCAAGGAAGACAUGCUAUCCGAGAACGGUGCUAUCAUGUCAUACAACAGCACUACCGACUUCUCAGAUCAAAUUCCCUGCGCGACAGUUACGCUCCAGACGCAAAAUCAGAUUACAUCGCCGUCUCUUCUUCCCGCUGGACUAGAACUUCGUCCAAACGAUAUUCAAGGCCAGAAGUAUCCGACUUCUGGGCGCCGUGACUCGGCCAGAGGAUUAGCGAACACCAUGAGUCUAAAUCCCGUCGGUCUAUUGGCGGAAUGUCUAGAGCCGGCCUUCACGGAGUCACGACCAAUCAAGACAAAGAACGUGAUAUAG